AUGCGCUUUGGCCCGACUGGCCGAUCGCCACCGGCAUGGGAUACUGGCCUCCGACUCUUGGUCCUCUUUUUGACACUUUUUCCUCUCGCUGUGGGCAUAGACGUUCAUACCCCUGGCGAUUUGAGAAACUCGCAACGCUACAUUGACCAGACACCCUGCAGUGAAGAGAGUUGGUCCGGUAAAUGGGGCAAUUUCCCAGAUGAGGGCGUGUGCUCAUUUGCUUCAGUGCCAAGUCCGGCGGAUACUUGCCCAGCCAACCCACUUUGCACGACCUUCAUCCCCGACGCUCGCUCAACAUGGAUUGACCAGUACAUGCCCUUCGUCCCCCUCCCGCUCGAGACCAAUGUGACGGCAUCCUCCGCCUACGAGACAUUCUGUAGAAUGCGAAUCCGUGCGGCAGACUCGAACGGCAACCCCAUCAUCCUGCGCACUAUCUGGGAGACGGACGACACGAGCGUCGCUCCAAGGCAGGUGACGGGAGAUUUUGUGCAUCUGCAUUCCCGUGGUCUGGGGGCCUUCACGGCCGGCUUUCCAUACGAAGAGUCGCCCAAGUAUUGGGAUGCUGUCGUAAUUCCUACGGGUACGGUUGCAAGUGGCAAGUCCAACGGCUGGCCAGAGGGGAAUGCACUACCGUUGGACCGAUACGAGGAGGUGUUCGGCGGAGCUGGUAUCGCGAUGCAGUUUCCCUCUGGCGUGCCGAGCCAUAUCGUCGUCUCGACCCGAGGCGCCCGCAUACCCGGGACAUUCUACUGCCGAGACGGACUCGAGCGCCGCGGAAACGCGACAAUUCCCGGCCUCGAACACUUGGCGUACUUCGUUCUUCCUAGAGGCGACAUGCCCCUUACGAGAUACGGACCUUUGUUCUCUAAGAACAUGCCAUGA